GCUCUUGAGGCAAAGAUGGACUCCAAGCAAAAUGACCACACAGAAGUCCAGGGACCUGUGGGGGGCAUAUUUUUGGAGAAAACAAAGGAGAAGAUAACAAUAUAUCAAGCCAUGAAGAAACGUCUGCUUAAGCCAGGAACAGCAUUAGCCCUGCUUGAAGCACAAGCAGCCACAGUAGGUAUCGUAGACCCAAUUAACAACAUAAUACUUCCUGUUGCAGAUGCUGUUAAGGAGGGAAUAGUUGGACCGGAGAUGAAAGAGAAGCUCCUCAUGGCACAGAAAGCUGUCAGUGGCUAUGUAGACCCCUACACUAACCAAAUGAUAUCUGUUUUCCAAGCUAUUCAAAAAGAUUUAGUCCCAAUAGAUUAUGGAUUAAGGCUGCUGGAAGCACAGAUUGCCACACAACGCCUUUUUGAUCCUGUUGAGAAGUCAAACAUUUCAGUUGAAUCAGCGAUUCAAAAGGGCUACUAUGAAAAAGGCUUGCUCAAUGACGAGAUGUCCGAGCUCAAAGUGUUCUACAAUCCAAGCUCCCAAGAAAAUCUAAACUACCGAAAACUCCUUGAAAAAUGCACCGUGGAGCCUGAAACAGGCCUGGUGCUCCUUCCUGUUUGCAUCACUUUUAAAGGUCUGCGGAAAGCUAUUUCCUCCACUGAACUUUUUGAGUCCAAGAUCAUUGACAAAGAAACAUUUGAUGACCUACAUAAGGGAAAGACCAGCACACAGGAUGUGAUGUUGAUGGAAACAGUGAAAGAAUACCUGGAGGGCAAAGGCAGUAUCGCAGGCAUUGCUGUACUCUCAUCCAAUCAGAGAAUGAGCAUUUGUGAAGCCAUGAGGAAAGGUAUACUGAUGCCUGGAACAGCACUUGUUUUACUGGAGGCACAAGCUGCAACUGGAUUUAUGAUUGAUCCUGUAGAAAAUAAAAAGUACACUGUGGAUGAGGCCGUCAAAAACAAAGUUGUUGGUCCAGAAUAUCAUGCCAAGCUGCGUUCUGCUGAGCGAGCAGUAACCGGUUACAAAGACCCAUACUCAGGUGAAACUAUAUCCCUGUUUCAAGCCAUGUCAAAAGACCUCAUGGUUAAGGAACAUGGGAUCCGCCUUCUUGAGGCGCAAAUUGCUACAGGUGGAAUAAUAGAUCCGAUCAACAGUCACAGACUACCAACAGAAGUGGCCUUCAAAAGAGGUUAUUUUAAUGAAGAAAUGAACACCAUACUAGAGGAUUCAGGGGAUGACACAAAAGGUUUUUUUGACCCAAACACAGAAGAUAAUCUAACUUAUCUUCAGCUGAUGCAAAGGUGUGUCACUGAUCCAAUAACUGGACUGUGUCUCCUCCCUCUCCUCUCCAAGUCAGACAGCCUGAAUUUCAACUUUAUUGACUACCAAACUAAAUUGGCUUUCAAAAAGGAGAAGGUCAACGUGACAUGUGGGAAGUACAUGGGAAUGACAGUAUCUCUGUGGGAACUCCUCAUGUCAGAAUACUUUGAUGAACACCAGAGGCGAGACGUCAUUCAAAAGUUUAGAGAAGGGAAGCUCAAUAUCAAGAUGGUUACCACAACAAUUCUGGAAGUCAUUGAAAAGUCUGUGAAAACAUCAAACUGCAUCUUUGAAGGCAUCAGAGAAACUGUUACAGCCAAACAGCUUGUGGAUGCAGAUAUCAUCAGUAAGGAGGUUAUGGAGGAUCUGAAAAAGGGAAAAAUGUCAGUGAAGGAAGUGAUAGCAGAUGAAAGUGUAAAUAUGUACCUACAGGGGAAAGACAGCAUUGCAGGCAUUUUGCUUCCUGAUUCUCGAAUCAUGAGCAUUUACCAGGCCAAACAAAAAGGGAAGUUGAUGCCAGGAACUGCUCUGAUUCUACUGGAGGCACAAGCAGCAACCGGGUUCAUCAUUGACCCAAUUGGAAACAGAAAGUUUUCAGUGGAUGAUGCUAUCAAAGCAAAGAUUGUGGGGCCUGACGUGUGUCAAAAGUUGCGCUCAGCAGAGAAAGCGGUCACUGGGUACAAAAAUCCAUAUGAUGGCCAAAUAAUUUCAUUGUUCCAAGCCAUGCAAAAAGAUCUCAUCGUCAAAGACCAUGGAAUUCGACUCUUGGAAGCACAAAUUGCCACUGGUGGGAUCAUUGACCCAGUGAACAGCCAUCGCAUUCCUGUCCACGUGGCCUAUAAGAGGGGAUACUUCAAUGAGGAAAUGAAUGAGAUACUGGCUGACCCAAGUGACGACACUAAAGGAUUCUUUGACCCCAACACCCAUGAGAACCUGACAUACUUGCAGCUCAUGGCUAGAUGUGUCAAAGAUCCUAGUACAGGUCUGUGCCUCUUGCCACUCAAAAGCAAAAACAAAAUAAUUAACAUAGAUGAUAAUAUGAAGGAGACGUUCAAAACAACAACCGUAACUGUUAAAUAUGGCAGGUUCAAAGACAAACACACAACACUUUGGGAACUUAUCAAUUCAGAGUAUUUCACAGAAAACAAAAGACAGGAGUUUUUCAAGCUCUUCAAGUCAAGGAAAAUCACAAUUGAGCAACUGAUUGUCACCAUUUUAGAGAUCAUUGAGAGAAAGGAGAUAAAACAGCAAGCAGGGCUGAACUUUCAGGCCCUCAGAGGAGAGGUCUCUGUGGUGGAUCUUUUGCAACUUGAAAUAGUGAAUGAAACAACUUACAGCAGUUUGAUUGAUGGAACGAUAACAAGCAAUGAUGUGAUGAACAUGGAGAGUGUGAGAGAUUACCUACAUGGGAAAAGUUGUGUAGCUGGAGUGAUACUGCAACCCUCCAAUACUAAGCUGAGCAUCUAUGAGGCACAGAGAAUUGGCAUUCUUACACCUGGCACUGCCCUCUGCCUACUUGAAGCACAAGCGGCCACAGGGUAUAUUGUAGAUCCUCUGGAAAACAAAAAACUCACAGUAAAACAAGCUCUCAGAGAAAAGUUGAUUGGUCCACAGCAGCAUGAAAAGCUUUUGAUUGCAGAGAGGGCUGUCACUGGAUACACAGAUCCAUAUACUGGUCAAAAGAUAUCUCUUUUCCAAGCAUUGCAAAAGGAUCUGAUUGUCAAGCAACAUGGCAUACGUUUACUUGAGGCCCAGAUUGCUACAGGUGGUAUCAUUGAUCCUCUGAAGUGUCUUCACUUACCCCUUGAGGUUGCAUACAGGAAAGGCUAUUUUGAUGCAGAACUCAAUAAGGUCCUAACAGAUCCGACUGAUGACACAAAGGGGUUUUUUGAUCCAAAGACACAUGAGAAUUUGACAUACAUGGAGAUGCUGGGUAGAUGUGUAAAAGAUAAGGAAACAGGACUGUUUCUCCUUCCACUGACUGACAAGCCAAAAGCUUCUGAAACAAAGGUAAAAACGUACACGGACACAGAGAUAAAGCAGGAAUUUCAAAAGACAACCGUGACCAUAUCAGUAGGACGCUACUCAGGAAAAUCUGUUUGUCUUUGGGACUUGAUUCACUCUGGGUACUUUACAGAGGAUCAGCAGCUUGAAUUCUUUGAGAAGUACAGAGCAAGAAAGAUUACCACAGAAACCAUAAUUACAUCAGUGAUUUCCACCAUUGAAAAAUUGGAGAAGAGCAAAACUUCCAAAAUGAUAAUGGGGCUGAGAAAACCUGUCUCUGCACAAAAACUACUGGAUUCUGAUAUUAUUGAUGCAGAUACAUUCCAACAGGUGAAUGAAGGAAAUCUCACUCUUGAAUCCAUAGUCCAACAUGAACCUGUGAGAGGAUACCUUAAGGGAACCGGAAGCAUUGCUGGAAUUAAAGUUCAUCCAUCUCAAAGAGUAAUGAGCAUAUAUGAGGCAAAAAAAGAAGGUCUGUUGACACCUGGCAUUGCACUUCUACUGCUUGAGGCGCAAGCAGCAACAGGAUGGCUCAUUGAUCCUCUGAAAAACAAGAACUAUGUUGUUGAUGAGGCAGCAAAAGAAAAAAUAAUUGGACCAGAUUUACAUGAGCAACUUCUCUCAGCUGAAAGAGCUUUCACUGGCUACAAAGAUCCAUACACAGAUGCAACAAUAUCACUGUUUGAAGCCAUACAUAAACAGCUGAUUCAAAAAAGUGAUGGUAUACGUCUUCUUGAGGCACAGAUGGCUACUGGAGGAAUCAUAGACCCAAAUCAAAGUCACAGACUACCUGUCCAUGUUGCUAUCAAAAAGGGAUAUCUGGAUGUGGAAAUCAGCAAAACUCUGUUGAACUCAGAUGACAUAAAGGGGUUUUUUGACCCAAACACCAAAGAGAAAAUUUCUUACAUUCAGCUGAUAAGGCAAUGCGAGAAAGAUCCUGAAACAGGGCUACUUCUUCUACCCCUGCACCAAGAGCAAUCCCAUGUAUUUCACACAGAACAGCAAAUUGAGCUUACACUCAAAAACAAAUAUAUCAUCAUAAAUGCAGGGAGAUUUAAGGACAAAGAAGUAACAUUGUGGGAAGUGUUACUCUCUGAAUAUAUUUCAGAACAAAAAAGGGAGCAACUCAUACAACAAUACAAGAAAGGAGCCAUGAAGGUAGAGGAGCUCAUUGAAGUACUCACUGUUAUUGUUACAGAGGUAUCAUCCAAAGAAAGAAAGUUUAAGGGACUACGAAAGCAAGUUUCAGCAAGUGAGUUGUUUGAAUCUAAGAUUAUCUCAAAAGCGCUUUUCACACAGAUAAUACAAGGGGAAAUAACCGAAGAUAAUGUUAACAAGAUGGAAUCGAUUCAGAAAUACCUCGGGGCUACAAACUGUAUAGCAGGUGUCAGAGUCCAAUCGACAAAGAAAGUGAUGAGCAUCUAUGAGGCCAAGACAAAAGGCCUGCUUACCCCUGGGACAUCUCUUGUAUUGCUUGAGGCACAAGCUGCCACUGGCUUUGUCAUUGACCCAGUGAAAAACAAGAAGCUUUCAGUAGAAGAAGCUGUAUCUCAAAGAGUGGUUGGCGGCGAGUGGAAAAACAAACUGCUUUCUGCAGAAAGGGCAGUGACAGGAUACAAAGACCCCUACACUGGAAACACAAUUUCCUUGUUCCAAGCCUUGCAAAAAGAUCUUAUUGUGAAGGAUCAUGGAAUUCGUCUCCUUGAAGCCCAAAUUGCCACUGGAGGCAUCAUUGACCCAGUGCACAGUCACAGAGUACCUGUACAGGUGGCAUACAAAAGAGGUUACUUUGAUGAAGAAAUGAACCAGGUCCUGUCUGACCCUGAUGAUGACACCAAGGGCUUCUUUGACCCAAACACACAAGAUAAUCUCACAUAUCUUCAGUUGAUUGAGAGGUGUGUCACUGACCCCAUUACAGAUCUUAACUUACUGUCCAUCGUAAAGAAAGGGGAGUUUUAUUUCUUUGUUGAUGAGGCAACAAAACUCAUUCUGAAAUCUACAACCACAACCAAAGCAGGAGGAAAAUACCAAGGAUCAACAGUGUCUCUGUGGGAUCUGCUCUACUCCAAAUACAUCACUGAGGAGAAGAGGAGAGAGCUUGUGCAACAGUACAAGUCUGGAUCAAUCACAAUCAAACGCUUCCUGGAAAUAGUACUGACAACCAUUGAGCAGCAGACUACAACAACUUCGUCCUCUUCAAUCGUCAUGUGCCAGCCACCAGAAACACAAGUGAACAGCAGCACAACAUCUACUAUCACAACCACAGUCACAGAGACAACUGAAGUUCAAAACUUCCAUGGAAUCAGGAAAGACGUCACAGCUAGCGAGUUGCUUGAAUCACAAAUCAUCAAUGAGGACGUCUACAAAAAUCUUACCGCUGGAAAUGUCACAGUGACAGAAGUUAGUGAAAUGGAUUCAGUGCGAAAGUACUUAGAGGGAACUAACUGUAUUGCAGGAGUGUACCUGCAGUCCACCAAAGAGACCCUGAGUAUCUAUGAAGCCAAAAGCAAAGGCCUGCUAACUCCUGGUACUAGUCUUGUUCUAUUAGAGGCCCAAGCUGCCACUGGCUUUGUCAUUGACCCAGUGAAAAACAAGAAGCUUUCAGUAGAAGAAGCUGUAUCUCAAAGAGUGGUUGGCGGCGAGUGGAAAAACAAACUGCUUUCUGCAGAAAGGGCAGUGACAGGAUACAAAGACCCCUACACUGGAAACACAAUUUCCUUGUUCCAAGCCUUGCAAAAAGAUCUUAUUGUGAAGGAUCAUGGAAUUCGUCUCCUUGAAGCCCAAAUUGCCACUGGAGGCAUCAUUGACCCAGUGCACAGUCACAGAGUACCUGUACAGGUGGCAUACAAAAGAGGUUACUUUGAUGAAGAAAUGAACCAGGUCCUGUCUGACCCUGAUGAUGACACCAAGGGCUUCUUUGAUCCCAACACCCAAGAGAACCUCACAUAUCUUCAGCUGGUUGAGAGGUGUGUCACAGAUCCCAUUACAGGCCUCAGCUUACUGGUGAUUGCAAAGAAAGGGGAGUUUUAUUUCUUUGUCGAUGAGGCAACAAAAGUCAUUCUGAAAUCUACAACCACAACCAAAGCAGGAGGAAAAUACCAAGGAUCAACAGUGUCUCUGUGGGAUCUGCUCUACUCCAAAUACAUCACUGAGGAGAAGAGGAGAGAGCUUGUGCAACAGUACAAGUCUGGAUCAAUCACAAUCAAACGCUUCCUGGAAAUAGUACUGACAACCAUUGAGCAGCAGACUACAACAACUUCGUCCUCUUCAAUCGUCAUGUGCCAGCCACCAGAAACACAAGUGAACAGCAGCACAACAUCUACUAUCACAACCACAGUCACAGAGACAACUGAAGUUCAAAACUUCCAUGGAAUCAGGAAAGACGUCACAGCUAGCGAGUUGCUUGAAUCACAAAUCAUCAAUGAGGACGUCUACAAAAAUCUUACCGCUGGAAAUGUCACAGUGACAGAAGUUAGUGAAAUGGAUUCAGUGCGAAAGUACUUAGAGGGAACUAACUGUAUUGCAGGAGUGUACCUGCAGUCCACCAAAGAGACCCUGAGUAUCUAUGAAGCCAAAAGCAAAGGCCUGCUAACUCCUGGUACUAGUCUUGUUCUAUUAGAGGCCCAAGCUGCCACUGGCUUUGUCAUUGACCCAGUGAAAAACAAGAAGCUUUCAGUAGAAGAAGCUGUAUCUCAAAGAGUGGUUGGCGGCGAGUGGAAAAACAAACUGCUUUCUGCAGAAAGGGCAGUGACAGGAUACAAAGACCCCUACACUGGAAACACAAUUUCCUUGUUCCAAGCCUUGCAAAAAGAUCUUAUUGUGAAGGAUCAUGGAAUUCGUCUCCUUGAAGCCCAAAUUGCCACUGGAGGCAUCAUUGACCCAGUGCACAGUCACAGAGUACCUGUACAGGUGGCAUACAAAAGAGGUUACUUUGAUGAAGAAAUGAACCAGGUCCUGUCUGACCCUGAUGAUGACACCAAGGGCUUCUUUGAUCCCAACACCCAAGAGAACCUCACAUAUCUUCAGCUGGUUGAGAGGUGUGUCACAGAUCCCAUUACAGGCCUCAGCUUACUGGUGAUUGCAAAGAAAGGGGAGUUUUAUUUCUUUGUCGAUGAGGCAACAAAAGUCAUUCUGAAAUCUACAACCACAACCAAAGCAGGAGGAAAAUACCAAGGAUCAACAGUGUCUCUGUGGGAUCUGCUCUACUCCAAAUACAUCACUGAGGAGAAGAGGAGAGAGCUUGUGCAACAGUACAAGUCUGGAUCAAUCACAAUCAAACGCUUCCUGGAAAUAGUACUGACAACCAUUGAGCAGCAGACUACAACAACUUCGUCCUCUUCAAUCGUCAUGUGCCAGCCACCAGAAACACAAGUGAACAGCAGCACAACAUCUACUAUCACAACCACAGUCACAGAGACAACUGAAGUUCAAAACUUCCAUGGAAUCAGGAAAGACGUCACAGCUAGCGAGUUGCUUGAAUCACAAAUCAUCAAUGAGGACGUCUACAAAAAUCUUACCGCUGGAAAUGUCACAGUGACAGAAGUUAGUGAAAUGGAUUCAGUGCGAAAGUACUUAGAGGGAACUAACUGUAUUGCAGGAGUGUACCUGCAGUCCACCAAAGAGACCCUGAGUAUCUAUGAAGCCAAAAGCAAAGGCCUGCUAACUCCUGGUACUAGUCUUGUUCUAUUAGAGGCCCAAGCUGCCACUGGCUUUGUCAUUGACCCAGUGAAAAACAAGAAGCUUUCAGUAGAAGAAGCUGUAUCUCAAAGAGUGGUUGGCGGCGAGUGGAAAAACAAACUGCUUUCUGCAGAAAGGGCAGUGACAGGAUACAAAGACCCCUACACUGGAAACACAAUUUCCUUGUUCCAAGCUUGCAAAAACAACAAGGGCUUCUGA